ACUUUCCUAGUUGUCAACAUCAUAGUAAACUUCCAACACGACCAAUGACUAGUCAACCCAGAAUAACUCGUUUUCUCCAGUCAAACUUCCACUCUUCUCCUCUCCUUUUUUUUCCUCAUCACAAAUCAAUACCUACAAUUACAAUUACAAAUACAAACCUCUCUUUCUAUAUAUAUAUACAAUCAAACAAACUGACCAUUCAUCCUCAUCAACAAGUACCUACUCACAUUCCUCAUAACAGAUCAUAACUGAAAAUCCUACUCCUCAAAUACUGAACCGAAGAUCACCCGAGCCCUAAAACAAACCGUGAACACAUAUGAACAUAGUCCGAUUCCAUUUGAACCAAAUCACCCUUUGAUCGAACCUAAGGAAAGAAAACCGGAAAAUGGAGAGCGCGUGCACCUGGGAAUACGAGAUGGUGAUCAACGAGCUGGUGCAGGGGAUGGAGAAAGCCAAGCAGCUCCAUUUCCACCUGUGCUCGACCUCCCCAUCCCGAGCCCAGAACAUGCUCAUGCAGAGGAUACUAUCCUCGUACGAGAAGGCCCUUUUGAUCCUGAACUCAAAGGGGGCGGCCGAGCACACUCCAGCACCACCAACACCAGCAUCGGGCAUCGUGGAGUCAUCUAUAUCAGUCGAUGGAAGCUGCAGAAGUGAGGACUUGAGUAAUAGCUUCAGAGACCAACAAGACUACAAUGCAUCAAAAAAGAGAAAGAUGCAGCCUACGUGGACAGAACAAGUGAAAGUUAACCCUGAAAAUGGACUUGAAGGCCCCACUGAUGAUGGAUAUAGUUGGAGAAAAUAUGGGCAGAAAGACAUCCUAGGAGCUAAAUAUCCCAGGAGCUAUUACCGUUGCACAUACCGUCUCGUCCAAGACUGCUGGGCGACAAAGCAGGUGCAGAGAUCCGACGACGACCCAACUGUGUUUGAGAUCACGUACAAAGGGGCGCACACGUGCAACCAGUCGACCAACGCAGUAGUCCCCCCGCCAGUGUCACCGGAGAAGCAAGAAACGAGGCACAUCCCGCAGCAGCAGAGUCAGGCACUCUUGAACUUGAAAGCAAACCUAAGAGUGAACACCGGAAGCUCGGACAGCAAGGAGACGAUGCCGACUCAGUUCUCCUUCCCCUCGACUUAUGAGCUAGGUGACACAGAGAAUCAGUACCUUUCAUUCUCUGCUCUGGUUGGAGAUGGUAAUUUGGGAGCAUACUCACCACUGUUUCUAUCUCCGGCCACAUCAGAAACAAAUUACUUCUCUCCGGCGCCCCACCAUAUGGCAAGCUUCGGAGGGUCUCAGGGCUAUCAGCAUUUGGAGUCUGAUGUAGCAGAUAUCGUAUCGGCCCAUGCAUCAACGACCAACUCUCCAAUGGGGAGCAUGGAUUUCCCAGUUGAUCAGUUGGAACUAGAUCCGAAUUUCCCAUUCAACGCCUCUGGAUUCUUCAGAUGACCGGAUUUCAAAAGUAGGCAAAUAAGAGGUGUAGGGAUCUGCUUUAACCUAUCUAGAUAUAUCAAAGCUGGAGUUAGAGAAAUAAUAUCAAAAGCAAAAUCUGCGGUUUUUUUAAUUUACAACAUCAAGAAUCUAAGCAAACUACUAGGAUUCAUGUAAAACAUCAAGAAUAGCAUUUUUUUUUCUAAUUUCUGUAUAUUAGAUCACAACAGGAGGAGGAAGAGAUGUUCAAAUCUAUGAAGAAUCUUGACAAUCA